CCAGCCUCAGUAGCAAGGCUUAGGAGACAGAGGAUUUCUGCUCAGUGAUAAAACAUGUUGCUUUCCAAGUUUACAAGCGCUAGCUACCAACCUCACAGUAUUUGCGUUCUGCUGUUUUCUUCUCAGAAACAGAUGUGAGGAAGCAGCAUGGAGCUCAGGAGAGGAAAGACCUUCAUAAAAUCCAGUGCGCAACAUGAGAAAGUGCCACCAGUGCACGCAGCUCCUACAAACAAAGACCAUACAGGGAAAGUCAAAAAGGCAUCUGUGGAAGGCAACCAAAGUGUAGCUGAAGUCCAGCUGGCAUGUUUGGCCACGCACAAGAACUACAGGUUUUCUACCAGAGCAGCAAAGAAUGGGGCUGGUGACAACAGCCUGGAAAAAUCAUCUGGGUCCUCCUACAAACUUGUAAGGAAGAGUAAAACCCACGAGUGUGUUACUGAGGCAGACAAAACAGAGCAGUGCAGCCCCAGCAGCAGGGCUUGGGAAGAGGGCUUUCCCGGAAAGGGUAAGGGGCGACUCGUCAACAGCGUCAGCUUUUCGGGGAUGUCCAGCUCCAGCAGUAAGAAAGAGUGUGUGGUCAGCCCCAGCCAGUCUGCGUGCAGCAGCCAGAUGAUCGACUACAGGAACUUCGUACCACAGAUGCCUUUUGUACCAGCUGUCGCAAAAACCAUUCCCAGGAAGAGGAUUUCUCUCAAGAGAUCAAAGAAAGGGCUCAGAGAUAUAUUUCAUAUAAAAAAAAAUAAACCAGAGAGCCUCACGUUCCUGGUUGAGAAGGACAAGAAUCUGUCCUCUCCAGGCUGCAAGAGCGAGUUGUCUGGGCAUCUUGCAAAGUAUCUUUUCAAAACUGGAGAAACGUUUGCUACUGAUUGCUUGUCACAAGAUUGUUCAGACACUGAACUGCAGUCCGACUCUUCCUAUGACUGCUGCAACACCCUGUGUGAAGAUGUGGCCUCGCUGAAGAGCUUUGACUCCCUCACUGGCUGUGGGGAAAUCUUUGCAGAUGAGAGCUCUGCUCACGUGGAGCUGGAGAACAGCAAAGAAAUUCUGCUGAGACGAAGCAAGCACAAAGACAACCCCGUCAUGGGCUCCUUCCAAGGGGGUGUGGAGCAGCUGGCUUCUCCUGGCCAGAACGAGACUGUUGAAUUUGCAAAGUUUUGGGACAACAUCAACAAAUCGGUGAGGCUACAUCAGAGUGCUCUGUUUGAUAAGAAUUUACUGAAGAUGCCUGGUGCUGGCGUGGAAGAGGCUAGAAGCCAGGCUGCUGCAUCUGUAACAGACCAACAAGUGUCAUCUGAAAAAGAUGGUGAUGAUUCUAAAGAGAGCUCCACAGAAACAGGAACGCCGAAAAGUGACAACCAGGAAUCCACAUCCACAAGUGAUGAAGGCUACUAUGAUUCAUUCUCUCCUGGACAAGAUGAUGAAACGAAGCAAGCUCAGACCCCUGAGGUCCCAGGUAAAUUUCCAAGAGAUAGCUACAGUGGAGAUGCCCUUUAUGAGCUCUUUUAUGACCCAAAUGAAGUAAAAAUAAACCCAGUCCUAGAUGAUGACUUGUGCACAUCUGAAAGCAUUUCAGAACAAGCCAUUGAAAUUCCAUUGUCCAUUUACAGCUUUCACGUUGGAGCUGAGGAGAACAUGGCUUCCCAACCAGCUCUAGACAUUAUCAGCCAGGGCUUUUUCCACAGCACAUGGAAAGGCAAAGAAUGUUUGCUAAAGCUCUGCGAUACUGAGCUUUCACUGACUAUGGGGAUAAUAAACUGGCUGAGAAAACACUCGGGUCUCGUUUCCUCUCCCGAUUCCCUUCAGAAUCCUCAGCCACAGCCAGAAAAGUCUAGUGAUUCAUUGAUUCCACCCAGCCCCAGUCCAGAGCAGAAAGCAAGCACAGAAGCUCGGCAGGAGAAACAAAGUAAGGAAGAAUUUAAUACAUUGAACCAACGUAUAUUAUUGGAUGAAAGCAAACAUGCAACCCAGAUCUCUUCAGCAAACAUUGCUGAAAGAGAACACAGCCUGGAUGCUUCCUCUAACACAUCGAAUUUGGAUGUCCAAGGAAGGGAAGGGAGUCCCCACAAAGAUUCAUCUACAGUGCCUGGGACUGUAGAAACCACCAGAACAUCAAGUUAUGCACCACAACCACACGCUAAUGGAGUCAAACUGCAGGUACCUUCAACCGAGAAUGAGAGGGAAACAAUUUCAGAAGGAUGUGACACAUGUGGAGAUAAAAAAACACUGCCAGAAAAGCUGAACAGAGAGAGUGCCUCCCAGAGCUCUGAAAACCCUUCAUUAGAUGAUAAUCACGAAGUAGAAUCAUGUUACUCCUUCAAGACUGCUGCGACCUCACUCCUGGAUCCCCUUGAGAGGGAGGACAGAAAUAAACCAACGUAUCACUCUCUCUCUGUUUCCUGUGACAAACCACUGCAGCCUUUUGCUCUCACACACUUCCAGAGCUACAUCAGCCCCACACCACCGGAAAGCAGCACUGACAUCGUGCAGCUCUUGGAACGCUGCGUAACACAAGUGGCAUCAUUAAAAAUCAGCUAUGAAAACAGGUACCUGGAAGACAAAUGCAUUGGGAAUGAAAUGAACAAUAUAAUUCAUAAGAUGUCUCAGUACAAAACCAAAUUAUUGUUGCAAAAUGAAUGCAACUGUGGUGCCCCAAAUCUGGAAUACUCCAGCAUUCCCAGCACAAACCAAUACAACUAUGAAACAAGUUUCCGGUCCAGCUGUCUGUAUCAUUUGAAGCAAAAUGGGGAGCAAAUUGGCUCUGAAAAUCAGAAAAGCAGAGCAAAAAUCCUAGAUGAGGUCACUAGAAGCAAGAUAAAUUUUGAAUACGCCCAGCUAAAUAAUCAAGCGCUCUCCUAUUUAAAAGACUUUACAUUUGAUCUCAGUCCAAGCAACACUGUCCCUGCUCUUAGCAGACCAACAUUUUUACCUCUCUUUAACUCUGCCUGCUCAGACAUACCUGCUGCUUUUCUCCAGGCAUCACAUAGCCCCGCUGCCUCUCUAGGUGAGGAACUGCAGCUGGAGGAGGACGAGGACGGCUCGGGGCGGUGGAGGUCUGCAGAGAGCCCCUGUGGGGGCAUGGCUGCGGUGAGCGCUCUGUCCCCUCACCCAGAGGCAGUGACCCCGGACACAGCGGUGACAGGGACAAACCACCAGUAACAGACACAUGCAGAGAAGACUUUCCAGGACUGUCUUCCAGGAAGGACCUUCAAGACCCUCUUCUGCUGCUACCAGUGCCACUGCACUCCUCUUAACUAUAGGUCUUUCUGCUUCAAAGCAGAGAGAGCAUCUCACCGUUAACCUGACCUACAGACAUUCAAUCAGACCUAAUUUUAUUUAAUCAGAUCAGGAAAUCUAUAGAAAGUAUUCUGUCAUCUAACAAGAACGUCAUAUGGCACUCACCCACAGAAUAUAAAUCAAUGAACUUCCCCGACGGCAAUUUAUCACUCAUCAUGUAACACAGCAAUCUACUUAGUGUUUUAAUUAAAGGCACAAAAACAUAAAGUGAGCAGAACACAAGGAUGAAUACAAACCAUUUCAUAGUGGAAAAAAUCCUGCCAUAAAGAGAUCUUUCUCUGACACCCAGGAAAAAAAUCCUUAAGUUGAUUAAGGGUCUAACUAUUUUCAUGCUGAGCGAUGUGAACUUUUGAAACCUUGCUUUACUCUGUUUUCAGAGGGGGCACUCCUGACGUUUUACAGGAACUAGUUACUUAGUUCCUUAGAUAUAAAUCUACAGUAACAUAAAUACCUGAAACAGCAUAACCAAUUGAAAAAGUUUCUACUUGGUUAUUAAUUGACACACUGUACAUUUCUUCAUGGUUUUGGGGAAUACCUGAGAAGUCCCUUUCAGUGAGUUUCCCCAACUUUAACGAAAAAUUAGAGAUUUCUCAAGUAGGAUAUUUAAUGGGCAGCGAUGUUACAGCUACUUCUUCAGGAAAACUCGGUUCCAUUUUCCUGUGACUACUAUUGAUCUCUCUUAGAAUCACAGGACCAUAGAACAGUUUGUGUUGGAAGGGACCAUGAAAGUCAUCCAGUUCAACCCCCUGCAGUGAGCGGGGCCAUCUUCAACUGGACCAUGUUUAUCAGAGCUACAUCUAACUUGACCUUGAAUGUUUCCAAGGAUGGGGCAUCCACCACCAAUCUGGGCAAUGUGUUCAACCUCUUCAUGCAGUUUUUCACAUUUAAGAUGUUACCGGUAAUCGGCUGAACUCCCUUCUACUGAACAAGGUGACAGAUCAAUCCAGCAUUGGGGCAAAGCAUAAACCAACCAAUGCUGGCUAACAGCAGAUCUGAUUUUACUCAAAGGGCUCAGACCUGUCUACAAACACAGUCUCUUAAGAUAGGAAGUGUCCAAUGGUGGGACUGAUAUCCUUCUGAUUUGUAUACCACUGUCAAAUACCUUGCAAAGUGGCAACUCUGAAUUAAUUUAUAACUUGAUAUUAUUUCUUAACCAUAUUUCCAUGAACAUAAGUACCUAAGAGUAUAAAGCACACUGAAUGAUGUCCUUCACUGAAGGGAAGUACUGUGUGUUUUAUGUGAACAGGACCUGACUGAAAACAUUCACAAAAUCCUUAUGCUUUUAUCAAAAUUCCAAAUUUGGAAAACCUCUGCUCAUCUCACCCACGACGUUCAAUGAGGUUCACUUCAAAGGGUUUUACAGAACAGCAAGGCAUGAAGGCUUAGACACAAUUUGCAACAAAAAUAUGUAACAGAAAUGACAAGAUUCUGGAAGAGAGGAGGAGAGACAGUUAUGACACACAGACAGUAAUGACAGACAGAAAGAGACAGAUUUUUAGGAUGGAUGCUUUUAUUAAUGGAUUUGUCACUAAACAGCUGCAUUUAUAUGAGUAUCCAAAACAUUCAUAUUGGAGGAGAUGAAAGCCCCAUUUAUCUUCUCCCCAGCAGUGACCAGGAAUGAAUACUUAGGGAAGAGAAUAAAACCAAGGCAAUCAAUCAUAUUAAGCUACUUAAGCUAAGGACAAACUAUUCAUGCCACUGCAUUCAAUAAACAGACCUAUCUUCUAUUAGUUACUUAAUCUCAUUUUGAACCAACAUGUACUUUUGGCCUUUAUGAUAAUUUGUGCUAAUGAAUUCUACAGUAAAUUUUGCCUUGCAUGGUAUAAAAAAUGAUGUACUUUACAUCUACUGCAUUAUCAAUAUUCAGUAGCCUUUUACUCCUUUUAUUCUGUGAAAUAAGGAAUCAUCGCCUUUUCACCAAAUGCGUACCAUUCACAGAUCAUGUUCACAUUCGUUAACAGUCACUUUUCCCAAGUAAUACACAAAUAUGCAUACAACAGGAAUAUUAAGCAUUCUCCUUGCAGCUUACAGAAUUUACACAGCUAACUUACACAAGCAUCAGGUCGUGAAAGCACAGCAGUUUGCUAUGUGCUAGUGGAGCUGAGUUGUCAUAUGAUACCACUCUCUCUUCUUUCUUCCCCAAAUAUUAAUUAAUUAGAAAUUUUAGCCAUAAGAUAUAGAAAACUUAAUUCUUCUCAGUGUCCUCCUGAUCUUCUAAGGGACUUUUUGAUGGGGUUGCAAAUGGUAACUUGAAAACAUGAUGAAUUAUACAGUUAUGAUGUCUGAGUAAUCAUUUCUCAUCUUUUAAGUAAAACCGGAUGUCCACGCACCGUGUAGACCUCCUGUUGCAAUGUAGUGGCCUUUUAAUUUAUUCAUCUGCAAGAAUACAAACGCUUGCUAAAUAUAAAUUAUAACUGUGUUAGUGUUCUGCCUUUAUCAAGUGUAGUUUCCCUUCCCCACAAGGUAAAGAGGAAGAAGAAAGCCAUGUUCAGCUGAUUGUGUUGCAGCUGGGCACCCUUGGCCUUAAUUUCCCAGAUAUUCCAACUCAUUCUACAUUCACAUCAUUUAGCGAACAUGCAAGUUUACAAUAGACUAUGUCUUAAUUUUUGGAUGGAGGGAAGGGAAACAAAACACUCUGUGAGGUGGUUGAGAGAAAAAAUGUUCAACAGUAUUAUUAAAACUCAGCAGUGUUCCUGGGUCACAUAUUCAUACUGCCCAAUUUCCAGUUGGCAGAGCAACUCUAUAGGACCUGAAACAGGAGAGUAUUAGACCAGUCUAUGCCAAUGACUGAAACAGGGGAAUGGAAAGAAAUACUGUCUUUUCCACUCAAAAACAUCUGCCGAAUAUCUAACUUAACAUGAGGUUUUCACCUAGCAGAAAAGCCCCAAAUGGCUAAACUUCUUCAGCACGCCACAGGAUUCUUUAGGAGAUGCUCAUUUCUCUUCAACAGGAAGGAAAAUGAGCUCAUCCCUCAACAUAAAAUCUUCUCCACAGUUCAUAAUCCUUGUGAUCUCCUGUACCCCAUCACCAGCAAGGCAAGCUAUACAAUCUGGCAGGAACUGAGAAGUUACAGAGCCCAGAGGAAGUAAUUUGGGUAUUUGCCCUUCGCCUAUCCUGAGGUGCUCACCAAGGCAUGUCCUAGACUGACUCACUGUUUUUCCUUCCUGUUUUGCUAAGACGCUGCUAUGAAGUUAAACCCAUAGAGCCAUACAGUCAGUUCUAAAUAACAGGGUUGUAGAACUUAAAGAACUUACUGCAGUCCGGACCAGCUGCUGUUUUUACAUAUGAGUGCUGCUAAUCAUAGCACAGGAAGAGCUCCUUCUCCCCUCCUCCUUGCCCCACGCAUGGCUGACAGCUACAUUUAUCAGAUUCCCAGCACUGACAAUUAAAUAAAGAAGUUAGUUUCAAAAAGCAAAAUGAGCUCCUUCAGCAAUGUGAACAGUCACUUAUAGUAUUUAAGAUGUACUUCUAUAUUCCUGUCUCUAGUUACCUGCUUGACACGGACUGAACCUAAAAGGAAAUUUUGAAGGUAGUUCUUUUAAAAAUACACUAAAAAAGGAUAAAUUCUUAGAAUCAAGAUGUGGGAUCACCAUUGGCUUUUUUAGGUUGCCAGAGGCAUUGAGUUUCUUUAACAAAGAAAAGCAUGAUCUAUUGAUGGAGUUUGACUACCAAUAGAAAAAAAACCCAAAAAUACAAUGCUAAUACUUCACAAUCCUACAGACACUGUCUUUUAAAAAACACCCUAUCAAAAUGGAUCAGUUCUAAACUGGAAGCUCAAAGCACAUUUUAGCACCAUCAGUGCUAUUUUUACAGUUCUGAUCAGACCAUGCAGAAUAAAAUUUAAAUUUUGUGUGCCUAAAUUUAGAUUUUUAAAAGCAUAUCCAAAAUUCUGACUCAGCCUAUAUAUUCCAUCUGUACAUAUUUCAGUGGGUCAGAAUAUCAGGGUAUAAAACAGAGAAAUUUGAAUUACAUUGGUCCAGGAAUGAAGGAAUAGUUGAAAUCAUCCUGCCAUUGAGCUAACUACAGGCAACAAGGAGGGCGUUAAGUAGAUCAGCUCAUCUAUAAUGGAACACGGAGACUUUCAACACUAAGUAGGUCAGUGGUACAUAUUCCCGUUUCACCCUUACACAGUCACUCAGCAGUCUACUCGCAGUGAACUCCGACUAGCUUCUUUUCCUUCUUACCAGACAGCCUUCAGCAUCACAAAAUUUACCAAAUCUUCCCGUCUCUAUCUACAAUUCGUGAUCUGAAAAUGCACAGGGAUUGAAACCGGAUCGCUGAAGGCUGUCAUCCAGGAAGGUUGUGUUGACAAGGGCAUUGGUAUUGCUUAUUCUGUAUCAGCGCGGGGGUGUGGGGAAACAAGCCUGUGUGGUUGCUAAAAGGGACAAUCCUGCAUACACCUAAUCCCAAUUUGCUGUAUUAAAUGGCAUCAACAGACAUUGCAGAGACUGUUGCAAAUCCAGGGAGUUUUCUCCAGAGAUUUGAGUGGGCUCUAAAUCAAUUUAUACUGGACAUUAGGAAGACUUUCUUCACCACAAGAGUGGUGAGGCCCUGGCCCAGGUUGCCCAGGGAAGCUGUGGCUGGCCCAUCCCUGGAGGUGUUCCAGGCCAGGUUGGAUGGGCCUUGGGCAGCCUGAUCCAGUGGGAGGUGUCCCUGCCCAUGGCAGGGGGUGGAACUGGAUGAACUUUAAGGUCCCUUCCAACCCAAACUAUGAUUCUAUGAGCUAACAUGACUGAAACACAACAUUUUGAGAUACUCACAUGAAGUACUUCUAUCUGUGGUACUUCUGAUUCUUUGACUAAGAAAAUACCAGCUGAAGAACGGAAAUGCACUAUUUUGGAUUUCCCACUUUUUCUGUACAGCUUGUAACAAAUGAAUUUGAAUAAUUUCAUUUAAAGCAAGCUUGGUUUUUCUUCCUCUUUUCCAACUUGUU